AGAAUUACUUCUAUCAAAUCUACAACUCUAAGGGUAGACCAGUCAAUUCUCACAGGUGAAUCUGUGUCUGUUAUUAAGCACACUGACCCUGUGCCUGAUCCUCGUGCUGUAAACCAAGACAAGAAGAACAUGCUUUUUUCUGGUACUAAUAUUGCUGCUGGUAAAGCUAUGGGAGUGGUUAUUGCAACAGGAGUAAACACUGAAAUUGGAAAAAUUCGUGAUGAAAUGGUGGCUACUGAACAAGAGAGAACCCCGCUCCAACAGAAACUGGAUGAGUUUGGAGAGCAGCUGUCUAAAGUCAUCUCGCUUAUCUGCAUCGCUGUGUGGAUAAUAAACAUUGGUCACUUCAAUGAUCCGGUUCAUGGUGGCUCCUGGAUUCGAGGUGCUAUCUAUUACUUUAAAAUUGCUGUUGCUCUUGCUGUUGCUGCUAUUCCUGAGGGUCUGCCUGCUGUCAUUACCACCUGCUUGGCUCUUGGAACCCGGAGAAUGGCCAAGAAAAACGCUAUUGUUAGAAGUCUUCCCUCUGUGGAAACCUUGGGUUGCACCUCAGUUAUUUGUUCUGACAAGACUGGUACUCUGACCACGAAUCAGAUGUCAGUCUGCAGGAUGUUUAUCCUGGACAGAGUAGAAGGAGAUAGCUGUUCUCUGAAUGAAUUUACUGUGACUGGUUCAACCUAUGCUCCCAUGGGAGAAGUGCAUAAAGAUGACAAACUUAUUAAAUGUAGCCAGUAUGAUGGCCUUGUGGAACUUGCAACGAUCUGUGCGCUCUGUAAUGAUUCCUCUUUGGAUUACAAUGAAGCUAAGGGAGUAUAUGAAAAAGUUGGUGAAGCCACAGAAACAGCACUUACCUGUCUGGUUGAAAAGAUGAAUGUAUUUGACACGGACUUGAAAGGACUUUCUAGAAUUGAACGUGCAAAUGCUUGCAACUCGGUGAUAAAACAACUCAUGAAGAAAGAAUUCACUCUGGAAUUCUCGAGAGACAGAAAGUCUAUGUCUGUCUAUUGUACACCGAACAAACCAAGCCGCACAUCCAUGAGUAAGAUGUUUGUUAAGGGUGCUCCAGAAGGUGUAAUUGACAGAUGUACACAUGUCCGUGUUGGAAAUGCUAAAAUACCAUUAACCUCAGGGAUUAAGCAGAAAAUAAUGUCUGUCAUUAGAGAAUGGGGAACUGGGAGAGAUACGUUGCGUUGCUUGGCUCUGGCGACCCAUGACAAUCCACCCAGGAAAGAGGAAAUGAAUCUUGAGGACUCCUCAAAUUUCAUUAACUAUGAGACCAACUUGACCUUUGUGGGCUGUGUGGGUAUGCUGGAUCCCCCAAGAAUUGAAGUAGCUUCAUCUAUAAAGCUGUGCAAACAGGCUGGUAUUAGAGUUAUUAUGAUCACUGGUGAUAACAAAGGCACAGCAGUAGCCAUUUGCCGUCGCAUCGGUAUUUUUGUGGAAGAUGAAGAUGUUUCUACAAAAGCUUUUACUGGUCGUGAAUUUGACGAACUCUCGCUUGCUGCCCAGAGAGAUGCUUGCCACCAUGCCCGUUGCUUUGCUCGUGUAGAGCCUUCCCACAAAUCUAAAAUUGUUGAGUUUCUUCAGUCUUUUGAUGAGAUUACAGCUAUGACUGGUGAUGGUGUCAAUGAUGCCCCUGCAUUGAAGAAAGCAGAAAUUGGAAUUGCUAUGGGUUCUGGUACUGCAGUGGCUAAAACUGCUUCUGAAAUGGUUCUAGCAGAUGACAAUUUCUCAACUAUUGUAGCUGCUGUGGAAGAAGGACGUGCAAUUUAUAACAACAUGAAACAGUUCAUCCGUUACUUGAUCUCCUCCAAUGUUGGAGAAGUUGUUUGCAUCUUCCUGACUGCUGCCCUGGGUUUUCCUGAAGCUCUAAUUCCUGUCCAACUGUUAUGGGUAAACCUGGUGACGGAUGGUCUGCCUGCUACUGCUCUGGGCUUUAAUCCUCCUGAUCUUGAUAUCAUGAAUAAGCCACCACGCAACCCUAAAGAGCCUCUGAUCAGCGGAUGGCUCUUCUUCCGUUACCUUGCUAUUGGAUGUUAUGUUGGUGCUGCCACAGUGGGUGCUGCUGCUUGGUGGUUUAUCGCUGCUGAUGGUGGUCCAAGAGUUUCCUUUUAUCAGCUGAGCCAUUUUCUGCAGUGCAAAGAGGACAAUCCAGACUUCUCUGGUGUGGACUGUGUGGUUUUUGAGUCUCCAUAUCCAAUGACAAUGGCUCUUUCUGUACUUGUCACCAUAGAGAUGUGCAAUGCUCUCAACAGUCUAUCAGAAAAUCAAUCCUUGAUGAGGAUGCCCCCAUGGGAAAAUAUCUGGCUGGUGGGCGCCAUUUGCUUGUCCAUGUCACUCCACUUCCUUAUCCUUUAUGUGGAACCGUUGCCAAUUAUCUUCCAGAUCACACCUUUGAAUGUGACACAAUGGCUGAUGGUGUUGAAAAUCUCACUACCUGUCAUUCUGCUGGAUGAAACACUUAAAUAUGUGGCCCGUAACUACCUGGAACCUGCAAUACUGGAGUAAUCGCUUCCUAAACAAUUUUGCAGAAAUGUAAGGUUGUUUUGUUGCGUGCAUGUGUUUUUAGCAACACAUCUACCAAAACUUCUGCAUGUAUCAUGUGUAAAAGAUUCUUUGCUUUCCCUAAAACAAAACUCAUUGUGUUCUCUGUGGAAGAAACGUGUGGUACCAUUAGGACUUCAUUAUACAGACGUACAAACGUGCAAUAUAGCUUACCGAAUGGGAAACUCUCUCCAGGGAAGUUUGGUUUCUGUGCUGCACGGAGAAGAGUUUGUUUAUCCUUGAACAAGAAUUGUGGAGCUGUCAGCCAAUUUUCCAUAUUUCUGUAUGUAAAAUGUCAGUUUAUACAGUGUACAAUAUCAAAAUAAUGCAUGCCUUUGGUUGUAGACGAAUCUUUCUCUGUAUUGUAUCAUCCAAACAUACUACUCUCGAACAGCUUAUGUACAAUGCGAUCCUAUUUAUAAAAUUCAUCGAGGAAAAAAAAAGAUUACAGAUGAAUGUUAAGCCUCCAGUUCAUAACUUUGGAUUUUUUUUAUCAUGUGUGCAAAUCGACCUCUUUUGCACUGUAAUGUAACUUAUUUAAAUCUAAGGCAGUAAGACAGAUGUUGGUGCAAUACAAAAUAUUGUGAUGCAUUUAUCUAAAAAGCAACAACCGACUUUUAGCCAGUUACCACAACUGCAUGUAUGAUGACCUUUAGAAGUUGUAAAUAAAUUGUCUAUUUACAUGCUGACAGUAAGAAGCAUCACACCUAGUUUCAUUUGUAUCGGGUAAAUAAAUUUAUUCUACAAUACAUACUCUGCGUGUUAUUUGAUGCACUUUGUUUUCCGCAGGUACAUGCGUACGUACUUCAGCGCUCUCUUAUAUUAAGGCCAGGAUGACACUUACUAGCACCACCACCAUUGCAGUCUUUCCUCCUAGAACUAUGCAGAUGCCAGCUGCUCUCCGGCAGUAUUGACCUCCUCGCUGGUGUGAUUUUUUUUUUCUCUGUCCAGGGGCUUGUGUGUGUGUUUAAGGGACACUGUCAAGUACUUUGAUCACUCAGAUUUUUUUAAAAUGCUCCAUUGUUUGUAAAAUCCCUCUGAGAAACUUAAAAAUAAACAUUUCUUUCCCAA